AUUUUGGAAGCAGGCCUUGGCCUUUAUGGUGCGUUUUCUUCAAAAAUUAUUUGCUCAGAAACCUCGCAAGAUCGGAAGUCAUUUUGGCAGGAACAUUUCAAAUUAACCCGAUCUAAAAACAUUCCCAAAGUUUCCAGCGGUUUUUAAUUAGACGCUCACCGUUAGGCACAUUUUCUUCAAAUCUUCAAUACCCAAACAGCAAAAUAUCAAAAGUCGCAGCUGGAUAAAACAACACAAAGUUGUUUUUGCGGAACAAAUGCCCAAUUUUCUAUGCACACUUUAUAUUCGAGAGUUUACUUCUAUUAUCUAGGCCUGCACUCAUGAAAUCGUUGCACCAAGAACCAGCGAAGAAUUACAUAAAAUCUUUAGCAUUGUGGGUGUUGCAAGCAUGAAAACCUGCUGUUUUAAGCAAUCAAUAUCAAUGUGAAUCGUAAUUUAAUCCAAACUUUUCGAGCUACAUGCUGCAGAUGACGGUCACGAGUUUCUGAGGCAAUUUCAGGCCUAAUUGCGCCCAUUAAAUGCCAUGGUCUAACUGUUCUUGGUACCACCAUCGUAUAUUUAUCAAUUUCUUUGCUGAAAUGACCGUUAAAACCGUAAAUUAACAUACCAGAUUACAUAUUUAGACGCCUUCAAUCUGUUCUAUUCGGAUACUGAUAAAUGCCAUUUAAUUCGAAACUUUGCAUCCAAGUGAAGAGCUAAACAGUGUUCCAGUCCUCCAAAAAAGAAACUGUUGUUCUUAAGAAAUCUUCUAGAAAACUCCAGAUAGUGUAAAGAACCACAUGGGACUAGUAAUAAACAAGGUAGAAUGGGGAAUGUUAAAACGAUCUUCUCGAUAACAUUCUUCAUUUCGUCAAUAAAAUGGCAAAAACUUCUUGUGCCUCCUGUGAGGAUUGAACUCACGACCCCUGGUUUACGAGACCAGUGCUCUACCACUGAGCUAAAGAGGCUGACGGGAGAGUUUUCGCCAAAUAUGGAGUUAUGAUUCGGCUCCUUAAGAGCCCCACACCUUGCCUACUAACUACGCGAGUGGCGUCAGCCAAUGGUUCAUCAAUUUGCUUGGCAAUGCCCAAAACCCGAUUGAGAUUCUCCCAGAAUUUUGUUUUAAAUCAAACCAUUCAAACCAUAAAAAUCACAAAAAAUCGCCUGAAGCAAAAUCGAUCAAGCAGCAAAUCCUGGCCCAGCCCUACAUAAAGGAAUAGAGGGUGAAACCCUAUAAGAACGCUUCUGGUAUUUUCCCCCUAAACUGCCCACUAAGGCAGAUUUUGGCAAAUUUUCGUUAUUCUUUUUUCAUCCUUUUUGUUGAAUUAGGCCGAAAUCCUGCAGUAAAAAGGCGCAUAUAGUGUCAAUUCAGGACAAAAAACGGUUUCAGUUUCAUCAAAAAUUUCCCCUGCAGCUAACUGAACGUUUGCAAAAACAUUCGUUUAUAACCCCCGAAAGUUUGCUUAUAGGCCUGCCCCGCUGCCACCUUCUUUCAGUAAUCAGGCCUACUAUGCAACACCUAUACGAGCGGCGGUUGAUUUUUUUUGCGGGCCACCGUUCUUAAGGGUCUUUAUUCAUCAAUCCGUCUUUCUUUAUCUGGAAAAUUUAUUGCCAAAAAAAUGUUUUUUGCACCAAUAUUCUGCAAAGGUUGGCAAGCUGCCUUGUAUCCGAAGAUUGAAUGUCUAAUUGAUUCAUGAAUAAACCAUCUAAACCACCUCCGGCCGCCUGCAGGUUCACACAAUGUGUAAUAAAAGACAACAGCAGAUUUCCUGCUCAUAAUCCACGGGAAAUCCUGAUAAACGAUAAUGCAAAAACCGGUAGCAACUUGUUUCGCGCAAUAUAAUUCGAAUGUGAGCUACACGCAUCAGCCGGGAAGUUGUAACUCACAUUAUGGGCGCUUUGGUCUAUUUGGUUGCGGGCAACUAGUUUAGCAGCACGAAGAACGUGGGAAUCUGGUAAUGGCCAUCGACAGUCGACCGGUUUUUCUUAAACGCCCACAUUCCAGUAAUCCAUACCGUAAAUAAAACCGUGUCAAAAACAUCAAUGACCAAAGCAACUGAAGAUGAAGAACCGGGCCGAUAUUUGAAGAAAACCGCUUGCCACUGGCCCUGUAUUGUCUGGCAUCGUGCUACCUGCACUUAUAAUUGCCCAUUUUCGUACCUUUUAUCUGAUUUAUUCGAUGAAUGGGCGACUAGACCCUGUACUCCGUUGCCUUUAACUAACUUAGAAAGAUUGAAGCCGUCGUCUCCUUCGAGUAGAAAGGAAUGUAGCUCAAGUUGUCUUCAUUAGCAUGUCUUCGCCUCCUCAGGACCCUCCCAACAUGGAACAUCACUAUCAAUCGAGUGAAGCCAGCGAUCAUGGGCUGCUGUCGCAUGCCCAUACUUGCACGUGUUGUCGUGAAUGCGCCGACCGACCUGAAUCUCCAAAGACUGAUCAUCAUCAUCCUCACUGUGUGCCGAAAUCUUCGCCUCAUCAUGUGAUGGCGUUGGGCAAUUCGCAUCUGCAGACUGGCCAUGUUCACCACAACCAUCAGCAGCGCGUUCCUGCUUCGCCAAAGACUGGAAAUCCUGGACCCAAACUGGCUGGGACCUGUACAUGCCAUUUGAAGGUGGAAAGUGAGGGCGAUGACAGGCCGAACAUCGAGCAAACGCCUCAAGCCCGAAAGCUAGAGGAAGAUAGAAUAGAGGUGUCCCCUUUGCCUCCUGCUCUGCCUCCACGACCGCCUCCCAGGCCCCGCUACGAUGGAAACAGCAGCUUAAACUCCCGAUAUCGACCGCAGAUUGGUAAGCGCCGAAACCCUCACUUACUGCGACGAAAAAACAUGUUUUUCUAUCGAAGAUGCUUCUUUGAAGCAUCGAAAAAGUAGCGUAGAAUUUGAAGGACAAAAGCGUUGAAGCGAUUUUUAAUGAGCCGAGGAAUUCCCAGGUUCUUCGCGCCUCUUCAACUGUAAACCGUUUUUUUGGCUCGUUUGUUAAUUAACACACACACUCCAGAUCAUCGGGCUAUCGCUGCAAUGGGCGAUUUUUGU